CAGUCAAAUUCGAGGGCAUGUUGAACAAAUGGGUCUUCGUAUUUCGUCCUGCGGAGAUGACCUGGUUCAAUUCCGCAGAUGCCUUGCUGCUUCAUUUUUCCUUAAUGCAGCUUUGAAGCAGCCUGAGGGAACAUACAGGGCUUUGGCAAGUGGACAGGUAGUGCAGAUUCACCCUUCUUCUGUAAUAUUCCAGUCAAAGGCAGAAUGCAUAAUUUUCAAUGAACUAGUCAAAACCACUAACAAGUAUAUCCAUAACAUAACUAGAAUCGAUUAUUUAUGGUUGACUGAGCUUGCUCCACACUAUUUGCCAUGCGGAGUUAAAAAUUUCUGCUGGAAAUAG